AUGACGCUUGAACAACGGGAUCACCAAAAAACGUGCGAAUUCGCAGCUUACCUUAACCAAUGGGAAGUUUCGGCUCCCAAGCAUACACAGAAAAUCCAGCAGAAAAUCACCUCCGGACAAGAGUCAAGCAAGACCUGCGACAUGGAAGCGCUUACCCCAACAGACGAGAGAUAUGAAGGCUAUAUCGCCCACCUCAAACAAUUGAGAUUCAUACCGGCUAUGCGACACGGACGACGACCCCAGGCAACCUGGAAAGACAACAAGCCUUCCAGUCAGCAGGGCCCAGAACAAGCCACCAUGGAGAGGGCAACAAUCGCGCCUUUAGAAGCACAAUGGAAUCCCAAGGUCAUAAGCGACAGCGAUCCCGCCCAACCCGAUAUGGAAUGCUAUGUCUGCGGAGAAAGGGACAUGUGCGCCUCAAUGUCCCAAACGUGCGAAGGACGACAACCAGGCAAAAAACUAGGUGGCCCAGUGAUGCGAGCAGCUGCGGCUCUGGGCCUGGAAAAAAUCAAAAGAUAA